CUUGGUCUAAUGUCUUGGCUCCUUCCUGAAUAAGAGCUUUCAUCCUAGAUUCGUUCCUGCCAUUCGGAAGUUGUAAGAAAGCACCUAAAGUCAUGUAUAACACCAAAAGUUGAUCAGUUUCAAGUGUAUCAUUACCUUACCUAGCAUCAAUAACGACCACCUACAUACGAUUACACAGAAUUGAUCAUCAUCAGCCUCAGCCUUCCCUUCGCCCUAUGACCUGUUGAUUAAUUCCCCGGAAAACAGCUUGUCGGCCCGUAAUUGGCCCAGAAUCCGCGGUUUAUUUAAUCCCAUACACCAUGACCUCAUCAAACCAACGAUGAUCAGGGCCAAUGCUUGAGAGCUUUCACUAGAACUAUCCAGAAUUGAUACUUCAAAAGUCGACUUCCUUCUUUCUUUUCAAAGACAAUAAUACUUCUUCAUAAGCAACGUUGCGCUCACCCGCCCAAAACAGUUAAAAUACGAGAACGAAAGAGAAUAAACGGCAUAUACCUAAACUCCAACCAUCAAUCGUGGAUCCAUCCACACCCGGCCUUCCCGGAUCAGCACACACAGCAGCCGCAUUGUUGGACAGAUUGAGCGAUUCCUUUCUGAUUUCGCUCUGGCCUAGCUCCACCGUCUGCCUUUCCGUCUCGUCUCUGUGAUUUGGUUUAGGCCGAGGAACAAACAAGAACCGCACAGCUGCCAUGCCUGAUAAUUCUUCGCUUUACCUUCCUUAAAUAAUCUCUUCUCCAAGUGUCACGUCUUGCCGGCUACGCCGCCUGUUCAACAUAGACACAGACUUCGGUCCUUUUCACAAAGCCCGUCGUUCAACCCAAACUACCGUUCUUGUGCUCUGGUGGUGUCAGGCUGAGGGUUGUAACUGGGCUCAAUCAAGUGAGCCAUGGCAACGAAACCGACGAAUGAAGCUCUACCUGAUUUUCCAAGUCCAGAUAUACAGGAUGACGAUGACUCAAUCAUUUGCAAUCAAGAUGAGGCUGAGGCAAUAUUGCAACCUGCUCUUAGUGAUGCUGCUAGACAUUUGACCUCACAAAACACGCCGGCCAUCGAGAAAGCCUUAGCACUAGACAAGAGUCGAGCCGGAUUGUUCGAUGUGCCCAUCGAUAAACGCGGUGACACAAACCCUGAUCUUUCAUCUUCGCCUGAGACAACACCCCAGGUACCACAGAUCGCUACUCUAGAGAGGUCAUCCGCAAAACUAUCACCCACUCAGCAGUACCGAAAUGCCUUGCCUUCACCCUGGCAGGCUCAGCUGAAGCCUACAACCAAAGGUUCCACAAGCAGACCAUCAGGAAGUAUUCUGGGAAAUGCCUUGGCUCCAGCUCGAAAUCGUUCCAGGUCGGCAGGCCAAGAAGCACUAAGGAGGCUGCAGAAGGCAUGGCCUUCUCUUAGCCCUCCGACGCAUCUGUUACCCUCGAUGUCAAACUCGUUCUUUUCCAGCUCAAACGACAAGGCCAGUGCCAGUACGUCAGGUGUCCCGAGUCACUCAUCACCAGAAACCCGCCAGCAUUCGCCUCAUAUUCCUUCUGAUGCGCUUGGUGUCUCUCAAGUGAGGCCUAGUCCGUCUUCGCAACAGGCUCGAGGGCUCGCUUCUGCUCCUAGGAAUCCUAAUGCAGCCUCUUCCUCUGUACGACCCAGAGUUCUUCGACGGGUCACUUCUGAUGAGAGUCACUUAUAUCACAGCCUUUCUCGCACUUCUUCUCUCGGUGACGAUGAACAAUUCCAGGAUGUCCGUGAAAUGGUCAAUAUUCGGUUCAUGGCCUUGAAAGACAGCCUUCCUGACGUUCCAAACUUCAAGAUGCCUAGCCUGCCCAAACUUUACAGCCAAGCACGGAAGUCAACUCAUUCACUCGGUGCAUUCCACUCACCCGAGCCGUCACCAACUCGCGCUCAGCCCCCUAAGGACUUUGAUGUCAGCUCAAAGGAUGGAUCUGCCAUUCUCGAUCGUGUCCUGGAGUCUCUGACUGGGGACUUGGUGAUCAUGGGCGGAUACCGUGGUUCCGUCUUACGAUCUGCCGAGCCGCCUCACCAACAAGUCUGGGCCCCUGUGAAACUCGGCCUCAACAUGCGAAAGGUCAAUCUAGAGGUUGGCUUAGAGGAUGAGGACGAGGAAAAAAUGGAAGAGACUAUUAAGCCUGACGGUAUGCUGAAACAUAUCGGCCCCGUCGACGUCUCUCGAAAGUUUAUCAAAAGGUUGCGUUCGUGCGAUAAUGCUCGAUCGGGAAAGCUGCGAAUUUGGGACUAUGGUUAUGACUGGCGCCUGAGCCCGCAUUUACUGUCUCGUAAAUUACAAGAAUACCUCCAAAAACUCCCUUCAAACCAAGAAGGGACACCGGCUGGAUCUCGUGGAGCUCUUGUCAUAUCUCACAGCUUGGGUGGUAUCAUCACACGACAUGCUGUCAACCAGAGACCUGAUCUCUUCUCAGGGGUCUUGUACUGCGGCACACCGCAACGUUGCGUCAAUAUCCUGAAUCCUCUUCGCCAUGGUGAUGUAGUUCUCCUGAAUGAGAAGCUUCUCACAGCAAGCGUCAAUUUCAGCAUGCGGACGUCCUUCGUCUUUCUGCCUGAGGAUGGUUUUUGCUUUGUGGAUAAGAAUACAGGAGAAGAGUAUCCCAUCGACUUUUACGAUCCUCAGGAAUGGGUCAGGUGGCAUCUGAGCCCGUGUAUGCAGCCGGCUUUGCCGCCUCGCAACCGUCCUCAGUCAUCUUCCUUCUCGUCCUUCCUCCCAAACUCUCUUCGGACUCGUGCUGACAGUAAGAGCGAGAAGUGGCCGCCUUCGCCAACGGCGGCUGCCCGAGAUCACAACCCUAUCGCGCCCCAGCUCAAUGGAAUUGGCGCAAAUGUGGAAGAAUCAAAGCCUUCGGGCCUGCAGCGUAAGCGUUACUUGGAUUAUCUCACCCGAACACUUGCAGCGACUCGCAAGUUUCGCUCAGAAUUGGCCCACUCACCAAGGCACCAGGAAGCCAACGCCUAUCCUCCUCACGCUGUAUUAUAUGGCAAAAGUAUUCCCACGGUGUACGCAGCCCAGGUCACUGGUCGCGAGGGUAUAUGCUAUUCUGAUGCAUACGACGACCUUCUCUUCCGACCAGGCGAUGGCGUUGUCUUGGCCAAGGAAGCCAUGCUUCCGGAAGGGUACUCUAUCGCUCGCGGCGGUCGUGUCUGUACCGAGCGCGGCCACAUCACAAUGCUCGGCGAUCUGCCGGCUAUGGGAAAGGCACUCGAAGCACUUGUUAGGGGCAGGCGGAAGGGCAUCGGCAUGGGCACUGGUUGUGACGAGGCAAAAUAGACGGGUUCCGGCCGUGUCGGGGUAACACUGCGCAACACCAUGCCGUCACUCGGCAACACGAUACGGCACCGGAAGGAGUAGCCGCCACCACCGGAUACGGAUGGGUAUACGAUACCGCAGAGGAGGCUGCGAGUAAGCGGUGGGGUACCUAGAGACGGAGGCAUUGUAUCUGUGCCAAACGAACGAAUGAACGGAUCACGAAUUUGGAAGGAUAAGAUAGAUAUGUUUGUUAUACAUGCAUUAUUGUACUAGCGUUGGUUUGCCUCAUCGUUCUAUAGCAUAGCUUUUGUAUGAAUAUUAGCACACAAAAACAUUGAUGCGGGCAGUAUUCGAAUUUAAUUCCACCAUUGAAGUCUAACACGCAUGACGCCGCGAGUCUUUCCAAA